CGAGAAGCAGAACCCUCUACCGAAGCUCAGUGCAACUCAUGAGAGGACCACCAAUGUCUGUUUGUUUCCGAAGCGUUCGCAAUCGAACACGAUGACAAGAAAGGUUAUUGCGCCAUGCCGAGCAGCAAACACAGUGAUGGGUCUCUGCACGACUGGCAAAACGGGGAGUACAAUCCAGAUAGAGCGCCCAGGGAAGCGGCAAUGCCCGAACGUUGAAGGCAAACAAUCCAGAGAGAGAGAAGAUGUACAGGACAUGAGCGAGAACUUUGUUGUGAAAGAAACGCUCUACGAUAGCGUGGUGCAAGAAUUGCGUGACAACGACACUGAGGAAGAGGAACCCAGUGACGACGAUGAGGAGGAGGGCGAAUCGAGCGAUGACGAUGAUGAUGAGGAGGAAACGAACGAGGAUGCCGAUUCAGAAGACACAGACUCUGAGGAUGAUGAAGGGAAGAACGAGUUGGGAAUUGAUGUCGACAUGUUCAAGAAGAGUCUAUCUGGAGAACUUUUGUGAAAAGCGAAGCAGAUAAUAGCACAGGAGGUGAGAAGAGGACUGUACAGCAAAUCAAGCAAGAGUGAAAAA